UCCAACAACUGCCAGGUUUUUCCAUAACCGAGCGACCGAAUUUCGUUACGCAUGUUAGCAAUAGAGGAUUUUCAAUUGUACAUAAUUUGAGUUAACUUAUCAAAAUAUGAUGCUGAUAAAACUUUGCUUCGCGUGUUCAAUACUGGUUAUCUCCAUUUCUCACACAGAUGGGGCAACUCACACAGAAGAUAAUGUACUUGACUUUUUCCCUUCAACCAACGGUGAUGGAUUGAAUGUAAUAUGGGCUCAUGGCGUCAACAGUAUCGCAUCCCUCAACGAGAGUCUUGCAGACGACACCAUGAUGCUAGAAACCGAUAUCAUCCUACGGGGUAUCGGGACUGAAAAUCAAACUAACAUUCCUGUUCACGCGCAUCCUCCCUUGACCGAUAGUGACCUAACCCUUGAACACUUCCUACAGGUCACAACACAGCAUACAGACAAAGGAAUGAAACUUGAUUUCAAGUAUUUGGAAGCUCUUGAGCCUUCCAUGAUUCUCAUAGGAGAUCAUGAAUCAGAACUCAAGGCGCCACUCUGGAUCAAUGCUGAUAUCGUGAUUGGUCCCAAUUCACCACGUGAUCCUGUGCCGCCUCAGCCCUUCAUUGACAUUGCAAAUAGGUACUUUGACAAGACCACAUUAUCACUGGGCUUCACGACAGCUUGGGGUCCCAUGAUGGCCGAUAAGCUCUACACAUGGACCAUGAUCUUCGAUAACUUAUAUUACUCUUACCCUCUGGACCCACAACCAGUCACCUUCCCUAUUCGGGCAGUCUGGUGCAAAACGUCCUGGCCAAAAUUCGUGUGGCUCCUCGGUCUCCGGGAUUCUUUCUCUAUCACGGUGUGGUCGUCAGGGAGCGACAUCGUUGACGUCGGAGGACUCGUUGACCUGCGAACGCACGGUGACACGAGGAGAAUAUUCUACGACCUUCCAGAUCUCCAGAAGGAGGCAUUCUUGACCGCCCUUGAUGAUCCGGAAAGGACGCCCUCACCCCCACUGGACACCGCCUGGGAUCGAGAGCAAUGGAUUGCGUUUGAAAAUCAAGACGGACGAAACUUUGCGUUCCUCAGCACUGAGGGCCUAGGCAUAUCUGGAAACGCUUCUCGAGCAGCAAUUGUUCACUCUAAGAGACAGCACAUGCCUGGGACUGAUGGACCAAUGGCAGUUAGGACAAGAGUUCAGUUCGUGCACAGAUACGAUUCCACAUCGACAGCAACAGUUGACAUCUUCAUCCGUAGCAAAAACCUGGUUGACGACGCGGAAACGCGGGAAAAUAUUUUGGCAGGAAACACGGAUCCAUCGGGGCUGAAAUAUUCUAUUAGCUCAGAUGGUAAAGUUGCAUUUAAUGGAACACAUUUCUCGGAAUCAUUACCUGCCGCAGAAUGCUACAAUGUCCAGAUCUUGGACCAUCUUAACGGGAGCAUGCAGGUGGAUUUCAUCGUGAAGACCUGCAGCGACGCCCUCGAAGACGAUCCCAACGCUGAGCAGGUAAUCAUGUCCUUUCCCGAGAAGGAGAUGGACGAAGGUCAGGAAUACUACGUCAUCGUAAUGAAAACCGGAAGUGGCAAAGACGUCAUCCUUGAGGACCUUCAUGUUGAGGGGUCCCAAGAUCCUGAAGUACUCUACACCACCCCAACUUACACGACCGAUUCACGAGGAGGAUCGCUCCUGGAAGCUACAGGCUGGUUCUCUUUGGUGAUAAGCGCAAUCAUAACAAUUCUUAGUACUAAUUGCACGUUCCUUUGAAUAAAAGAAAAGUAAACAAAAAAAUCAUACGCCAAAGUGGAAAUGGACAAUUUCAGUUUCUUUGCUCCUAUAAUAAUAAUAGUAAUAAUAAUAAUACACUUCUUAUAAAGCGCAUUUCAGACAUGAAAGGACUCUCAAUACAAUUUACAGAAAUAAAAAUUAUACAACAUAAGGAAUUACUUAGAAUAACACUUAAACAACAUCAUCAUUAAUCAGUUAUAUCAUGUAUGGCAUAAGUACUAGGAAAGGACUAUUUGAAUGCUUCAUCAAAGAGAAAAUAUGUUUUAAGUUGUGAUUUGAAAAGUCCAGGAUAAUUUAGUGAUCGGAGAGUACUGGGGAGGGAAUUCCAAAGGGUUGGGGCACUGUAGGAGAAGGACAUUUUGCCAUGCGUCUUAGUCUGGGUACUUGAAGGAGUAGUUGAGUUGAUGAUCUAAGUGUCCUAGAGGGGAUGUACAUGUAUAUAUGGAGAAACAAUUUCAGAAAUAUAUUGAGGGGCAAGACCAUGAACAGCAUUAAAUGUUAUUAGAAGGAUUUUUGAAGCGAAUUCGUGAUUUGAUGGGUAGCCAAUGAAGUUCUUUGAGGAUUGGGGUGAUGUGGUUGCGUUUCUUGGAUCUGCAUGGAGACAAGUCUUGCAGCGGCUGAAUUUUGGAUUCUUUGCAGCAUUGCUAUAUCUUUUUCCGGGGUUCCGUACAGGAGACUAUUAUACAGUUACAACAGCGGCAAUUGAGCAUGUAAAAAUAUCUUCUCCAAUUAAAAUCAAACUUUGGCCUCAAAUUAGCAUAAAGUUGUAUUGAACUUUGAUUUCUUUUGUAUUUACUGACUUAUCUUGGUAAUAAGAUUAAUUGUAAUUUAAGAAAGUUCCCUAAUGUCGACAUGUUUUUUUUUAUAUCACUGCAAAGAAUACCAGGCCCCAGGUCAUUCAAGCGUUAACAUAUAACACAUAAAUAUGGUAUCAAAUUAUUUGGGAGAACAUACUCUUUCAGACCAUAUAUCGAAACAGAGGCGUCGAUCCUGGGGGGGGGCAGGGGUGCGAUCGCCCACCAAUGAAAAUAUU